AUGGUUAAUAAUCCACCAGAUGUAAAUGUAUGGGAUCCAAAUGAUGAGGAAGACGAAAAGAAAAUAGCCAAAUUCAACAGGGAUAACGAACGGGCUCUUUGCAUAAUUGGGCUGACACUAAAUGACCAGCACCUUGUCCAUAUUCGUGGUGAAGAGUCUGCUGCUAGGUGUUGGAACAAUUUGAAGAGGAUUUAUGUUCGAGAUAGUGACUCCGCCCUCGCUCUCCUUAAUCACUGGGACCCCGGAGGAGGCGGAGAAGCUGCGAGAGAAUCUGGAGGGGGGCGGGGGGACAUCCAGACGUGCCCUGGAUACAGAAACUGGAAACCAUUUGUGGUCUUUGCAAGGCAAACUUUUCUCUUGGGGGAGAAAAAGAGCAGAAUCAUUUGCAGGGAUCAGUCCUGCGGCCCCAGAAAUGUUCCGGUGAAGGAAAAGGCAUCUGGAGACCCACCAGAGUCCUUGGAGCCAUCUGGAGUUGCUCUGCAGGACAGAGAAAGGAUGGAGACACAACCUUUGGGAAAGGAGGGAGCCGGAAAAGGCCCUUCAGCUGCUCAGCCUGGGAAGGGGGGAAAGCUGUGGACAAGAACCGGGCAGAAGAUCCUGGAGGAGGAAACCAUCCUCUCUUCAGAAGUUCAGCCCUGGAGCUUCAUCCAAUAUCGGGAGGCUGAGGGUCCCCGAGGACUUUGCAGCCGACUCCAUGACUUUUGCAGGCGAUGGCUGAAACCAGAAAAGCACACCAAAGCCCAGAUGCUGGACCUGGUGGUUCUGCAGCAUCUCCUGUUCCUUCUGCCCCCAGAGAUGGAGGGCUGGGUGCGGGAGUGUGGAGCAGAGACCAGCUCCCAGGCGGUGGCCCUUGCGGAAGGCUUCCUCCUGAGCCAGGUGGAGGAGCAGAAGGAGCUGAUCCAGUUGCAGUGUUGCACUGUAGAUAUCAGAGAUCCUGAGGGAAGGAAGAACCCAUCAAAUCCCCCUCAGGACCUAUUUUUCAGGAGGAUCCCGUGGGAAGAUCCAAGUCAGGACACCUCAGGAGAGAAACAAAGAAUGAAGGUUUCUGGUUUUUAUGAUGGAGAUCAAAUAGAGAUUGACCCUCCAAAUCAAGAGAGUCUUGUGUCCUUUGAGGAGGUGGCUGUGUCUUUCUCUGAGGAGGAAUGGUCUCAGCUGGAUCCUGACCAGAAAGCGCUGCAUUCGGAAGUCAUGCUGGAAAACCAUAGGAACGUGGUCUCUCUGGGUAAUAAUGGGCAGGAGAAUCAAGAUUUCUGUGAACUGUUUCAAGUGAUCAAUGCUAAGGAUGGAACAGAGAAGUUUGGAAUUCGAAUGGAAUUAGGAAGCCAUGAGAGAAACCAGUCAAAGAAUUGGAAUCGGGAAAGUUCAUCUUCCACCGAUGCUCCGAUGGAAGACUUUCUUGCCCAACAAGAGAAAAUAAUGAAAAAAUAUGUUGAGAAAAGCGUGAAGCUAAUCAAAGCUAAAGUACAAGUAAAUGAACACUAUUUAACCCAAAACAAAGGAGAAGAUGCUAUAAGAAGACACAACGGACAAAAUUACAAUGGGACAUUCAUUCUUUCUCUUGGAAAUAACUUCCUUACAUCUGAAAAAACGUUUGACACAAAAGAGGAACCUUAUAAAUGUUUGGAAUGUGGAAAAUGUUUUAGAAUAAGCGGGCAACUUACUAUUCAUAAAAGGAUUCACACAGGGGAGAAGCCAUAUAAAUGCAUGGAGUGUGGAAAGACCUUUGUUCAAAGAAGAAAUCUUAUUUCCCAUAAGAUGAGCCACACAGGGGAGAAGCCGUAUAAAUGCAUGGAAUGUGGAAAGACCUUUGCUCGAAGAGAUUAUCUUAUUUCCCAUAAGACGAUCCACACAGGGGAGAAGCCUUAUAAAUGCAUGGAGUGCGGAAAGACCUUUGGUCAUAGAGGAAAUCUUAUUUCCCAUAAGGUGAGCCACACAGGGGAGAAGCCGUAUAAAUGCAUGGAGUGCGGAAAGACCUUUGCUUAUUGUAGUGGCCUUAGAAAACACACAAAGCUCCACUCAGGAGAGAAGCCGUAAAAAUGCAUGGAGUGUGGAAAGACCUUUGCUCAGAAUGGUCCUCUUACUUCUCAUAAAAGGAUCCACGCUCAGGAGAAACUAUAUAGCAAUAGCAAUUCCACUUAGAUUUAUAUACAAUUCCACAAUGCUUUACCACUUUAUCUCUGAGCAGUUUGCAGUCUCCAGCAAUCUGGGUCCUCAUUUUAGCAACCUCAGAAGGAUGAAUUAACUACUAAAAGAAAUCUAUACGAGUUGAAGGUGUUUUCAAUAAAAUGCCAAUUUGAAACUUCAAUUUCCACUUACUUAAAAAUGCUCCAUCCAUUUUCCUUGCUAAAAUAUUUUUUCUCAUCCAGAAUUUGCAUUUUUGCUCAAAUAGUCACAAUUUUCACUUUGUAAAGCCACUGCCUCCUUUUUUAGCUAUUCCACAAAGAUCUUUAAUGUUCCCAGAUUCAAAUGGGCUAAUUAUGAAAAAACAACAGCCCACACCUGAAAUCUUGUUCUUUGUCUGGGUGGCAGCCAGAUUAGAUCCCGGGUUUAAAUUACGAAUAGCAAAUUGAAUGUUCUUCAGCAUCAUAGAAUUAACAGUUAUUAAAAACAAUCCCUCAACAGUGAGAAACACUGUUAGCAAAGUACUCUGAGCUGGAGUGAACAUUUAAAGGACCCUCUUGGGGGACUCACCCAGAACCUCCCCAUUAAUCCAUCUAAGAAUUGUAACAGCAUUUGGUGAAGGAGGCGAUCAAGAGGGAUCCCGUCCAAGGCUCUGCGGUGAUCCUGGGAUCUGCUUGAUCUUUUCAGCCUCCAUCUGCCCCACCUUCCCUUUCCCCAAGAUCCCCCCCCCAUCCCUUCCACACUCCCUGCCUCCACCAUUCUGGGUAAGCUAUCUGGGAGCCGGACCCCUCCCCACCUCCUUCCCUGGGAACUGCUGGUUCCUUUGGCUGGAAGAAGGCCGGCUAGCUGCAGGCAGAACCUGGUCUGAGGGGUGUCUUCCCCAAAAUCCCCCCAAAGGGAAGAUCCUCCACAUUACAAAAGAGGCCUUGAGACCCCUCAAAAGUGCUUCUCUCAUCAAAUAAAUAAAUAAAUAAAUUACUAAAUUUAAAUGGCAGGGGAAAAAAACCUAGAAUUAAAUUAAAACUUUUACAGGAUACUAAAGAUAAAGGGGGCAUGGCAUUACUGGACAUGGGGCUUAGUCCAGAAUGAGCUGCGCAGGUGAUAGAGGGAGCUACGCGUAGCUCCCAUAUAACACCGCUCCUGCGCAGACUGCACUGGCUACCUGUGGCCUUUCGAGUGCACUUUAAGGUGUUGGUUACUACCUUUAAAGCGCUCCAUGGCUUAGGGCCUGGGUACUUACGGGACCGCCUGCUGUUACCACAUGCCUCCCACUGACCCGUACGCUCUCACAGAGAGGGACUUCUCAGGGUGCUGUCCGCCAAGCAAUGUCAGCUGGCGGCCCCCAGGGGAAGGUCCUUCUCUGUGGGGGCUCCCACACUCUGGAACGAACUUCCCCCGCGUUUACGCCAAAUACCUGACCUUCGGACAUUCCGUCGCGAACUGAAGACACAUCUUUUUAUUCGCGCGGGGCUGGCUUAAAUUGAAUUUUAUUAAUUUUAAAUUCUUAUUAAUUAAUUUUAAAUGGGGUUUUUAGUUUAUUGUAUAUUUUUAUUUCUCAGGCCAAUUUUAAAAUAAGUUUUUUAAUUGCAUUUUAAAUUGUACAUUGUAUUAUCUGUUUUAUUUUUGCCUGUAUACCGCCCUGAGUCCUUCGGGAGAAGGGCGGUAUAAAAAUCAAAUAAAUAAAUAAAAAUAAUAAAAUAAAAUAUACUAUCAGGCAUCUAUUUUAAUUUGGUUAAACAAUUGGAUGGAGUUAAGAAAUAAAAGGAUCUUAGCUAUAGAAGGACACGACCUGCAAGUGGGAUGGCACGCAUUCCUUUGGGAUGAAAAGUUUAAAACACAGUUACUUUCAAAGGCAGAUAUUAAGGAAUGCUCUCUUACAGACUUGGCAGAAAAUGAAAAAAAAAGCACUACAUAAAAAUUCCAAUGUAGUUCUCCACAAUGGAAGCAUUGAAACAUCCAAAUUUAAUUGAUAUUGAUAAGGUAAUUAGAUAUUAGGAUACGUUAAAUGAACAGGGAAAUUUGAAAACAAAACAGGAACUAGAACAAGAUCUAGGUAGGGAGAUAGACUGGUAGACAUAUACACAAAUUCACUCCAAAUAUGAAGAGAAUAUAAAAUUAUAUGAAAUUCAAAAUGGUCUGCAAGAAUUGGAUAAAAUUAUACAAGGAACGGAAGAAAAAUUAAUUAGUAAAAUAUAUAAAUAUUUAUUGAGAUAUAAGAUGGAAGACAGGUCAUCAAGGAGACAACAAUAAAAUGGGGAAAAGUUUUUUAGAUAUAAUAUAGAAUUGGAAAAAUGUAAAAAACUGUGGGAAACAAAAUAAAAUUGACUAUGUUUGCGGCAUUCAAGAAAACCAGAUCAAGAUGUUCUAUAGUUGGCAUCUCCCUCCGGCAAGGCUUGCCAAGAUAUUUCCAAACAUUUCACCAAUAUGUUGGAAUUGUAAAAAGGUGUAUGGAAUGUAUUAUUUAUGGUGGUGUCAGCCUCGCAUGCUAUCUUGAUUGUUUUGUUUACUUAGUUAAGUGUUUGUUUUAUUACUUGUUUAUUGCUUAGUUAAAUGUUUUAUUGCUAUUUUAGUGUUAAGUAUUAGGAACGGGGUAAUGUUCCUUUAAGAGAGGGGGAGAAGGCUCAUCUUGAAAGGAACCCAGGAAUUCAAAUUUCAAGACGCGGGCUGACACUAACGAACUCUGCAUACCAGACAAGUGGAAACCAUCGGAAGAAGAACCCCAUGUGAAACCUGAGGAGAAAUGGAUUGGACUAGACUGUUUGACCUUUGGAGGGAGGAGGGAAUGUAUGAGAGAUAUGUAUGUGUAACUCACGCCUACUAUUCAGAACUUGCUUUUCUUUCCUUGUAUUCAGCCAUAGUCAGUAAAUUUCUCUAUAAACAAUG